GUGAGGUUUUGAUUUCAGUUAUCGGUGCACACGAGCUGCUCAUUUUUAGCGCUGCUAUAAAGUGGAGCUCAUCUGCUUCAAUAUUUGGUAAUUUGUCUAAUUUCGCAUAGGCUUUUUUUCGCGGGUGCGUAACUGAAUUUUAGAUAAAAGUUGUUAUAUUGCGAAGUUGAACGAAUGAAAAAACCAAAAUAAAUACUCGUCUCACAUAGUAUCGAAUUGAUUUGGGCGUAUGUAAAUAAACAAGCUAGAGCCGUGUUACAACAACAGAGAAUACGAAGUGUAACAUAAUUGAAAGCAGAAAAGGUUUACUGCAUAAAAACGGCGGAAGUGCGGAAGUACGCGUAAAACAUCAAAAACAAAUACCCAGUUAACCGAAUUAUAUUAUUUGCAUUAUAUCGAAAAUGAGAGCGGAUGUAGAUGCAGGUAACUCUGAGAAACUGUUUGUAUCAUCUACAACAAUACUGAUACCGAAUAAUAAUAAUAAUAAUGGACCUGGGAAAAGUCGUAUUAACAUUGAAAAUGAUGGCGCCGCUAUUAUUGAAAUUGAUAACGCAAUCGGUGCCGAUAACGAACAGUUCAACAAAAUGGCAAAUUUUGAAGAUAUCGUACAAAGAUGCCGUACUGCAUUCGCCAGUGGAAAAACAAAAGAUGUCAAUUUCAGGCGAAAACAGUUGGAGAAUCUACUGAGAAUGUAUGAAGAACAUGAAAAUGAGAUGAUUAGCGCGCUCGAUGCAGAUUUGAGACGCCCGAAGCAAGAAAGUUUGGUGGUAGAGACAGAGUUUCUUAAAAAUGACAUCAAACACAUACUAUACAAUUUGGGAGAUUGGGUUAAACCCGAAACGCCGGAAAAAUCAUUUGUUAAUCUACUGGACGAUGUGCAAAUUUUCAAUGAUCCCUAUGGUGUGGUCCUGGUGAUCGGCGCAUGGAAUUAUCCACUACAACUGUUGUUGGUACCAGUUGCAGCUGCCAUAGCUGCUGGCAACUGCGUUGUGCUCAAACCAAGUGAAAUUUCUACCAACUGCGCCAAAUUUAUUACGGAGAUGGUGCCAAAAUAUUUGGAUAAUGACUGCUAUCCAGUUGUGUGCGGUGGUCCAACCGAAACGGCUGAAUUGCUGAAGCAACGUUUCGAUUACAUUUUCUAUACAGGCUCAACAAGAGUUGGCAAAAUUAUACACGCUGCCGCCAAUAAGUAUUUGACGCCGGUAACACUCGAAUUGGGUGGUAAAAGUCCCUGUUACAUUGAUAAAUCCGUUGAACUGCGUACGGCUGUGAAACGCAUACUCUGGGGCAAAUUGAUCAAUUGCGGUCAAACGUGUAUAGCGCCCGAUUAUGUGCUGUGCUCGAAAGAAAUACAAGAGAAACUCAUUGCCGAAGCAAAAGACGUGCUCAAAGAGUGGUAUGGCGAAGAUAUUAAGAGCAGUCCAGAUCUCAGUCGAAUUAUCAAUCAUAAUAAUUUCCAACGCCUGCUUGGUCUAAUGAAAAGCGGCAAAGUCGCUGUUGGUGGUAAUUAUGAUGCCUCAGAACGUUUCAUUGAGCCCACAAUAUUAACAGAUGUUAAAGCUGAUGAUCCUAUUAUGCAAGAGGAGAUUUUCGGCCCACUUUUGCCCAUAUUCACAGUUGAAAAUGCCUACGAUGCAAUCAAAUUCAUCAAUUCCAGGGAGAAGCCUUUAGUCAUCUACGUUUUCUCCACAAAUUCGAAUGUAGUUAAAGAAUUUAAACAAAACACAACAAGCGGCGGAUUUUGCAGUAAUGAGACCAUAUUGCACGUUGGAGUUGACACUUUGCCAUUUGGCGGUGUCGGAUCCAGUGGCAUGGGACGCUAUCAUGGUAAAUAUGGUUUUGAAACAUUCACGCAUAAGAAAUCGUGCCUUGGCAAGGACCUGCAUCCGCUUGGUGAACUACUGGCAUCCGGUCGUUAUCCACCUUAUUCAGAUCGCAAAUCAACGAUACUGGGUAUUCUGCUGCGUAAACGUCGCCCAUUCCCCAAGCUCUAUCUGUCACAUCUAUUAGCGGUCGGUUUGGGUAUCGGCCUCACAGUACUUUUCACCCAUUAUUUACAGGGCAAAUUGUUUUCACGCUAAAAUAGCUUGCUUGACGUCCGUUAAUUCAGUGAUUGCCUCCAUGGCCACCACAUACCUACUCAUUGAUUGGUGGGUUUAUAUCGUAUACACUUAUGUUUUAUGACGUUCAACAUUUCAUCGUUGCGGUGUCAGUGUUUGUUACAUGUACAUACUAUAGAUAUUACAUUUAGAUUGCUCUACGGCUCAACAAUCUUAAUUUCUCUUGUAGUUGUAAUUUUCCAUAAAUAAUUGUUAUGAAUACAGCUUAUUGUAUUUCUAAGUACAUACCUAAAUGCAUUUUAAAAAAUUGAAUUCAAAUAAAUAAUUAAUAAUUUUACUUUA